AUGAGCGACGCGGACGGGGUCGAGAAAGCCCCUCUCCCGCCAGCCCCCGGCGUCCCUGCUCCCGACCUGGCCCCGGUCGACGAGGUUCCCCCUCCGAGCCCGAAGCUCGGCGAGGAACCUGAGGCGGCCCGGGCGAUGCCGACCCGCCGCGAGGAAAGCCUGGAGGCGCCUGCGCUGCCGAGGCCCCAGACGCCUGAAGAGCGCGGGGCGCGCGGCGACUCCGGGGGCCUUUCCCCGCGGGCCCUGGUGGCGGAGGACCAUUGCUACGUCGCCACCUACGGGGCGCCGCGCCGGGGGGUGCCCGAAGGCGUUCCCGCGGCUCGCGUUGCGCUGUCCCGCCUCCGAGCCGGUCGGCGCGGCUUCGCGAGAGGCCGGGCGCUGGGAGGCCGCCUGGACUUGGAAGCGGCGGUGCGGGCCGUGAAGGGCUCCGAGGCCGUGGGUGCCCAGGAAGGCUUGCGGGACGUGCGGGAGCCGGGCGAGCCGCCGGCGGCGCGGGCCCGCUUCCCGCCGCUGCUGCCCCCCGAGCUGCGCAUGAACCCGCUGGAGGCCAUCCAGCUGGAGCUGGACACCGUCAACGCCCAGGCGGACCGCGCCUUCCAGCACCUGGAGCACAAGUACGGGCGGAUGCGCCGCCACUACCUGGAGCGCAGAAACUACAUCAUCCAGAACAUCCCCGGCUUCUGGGGCGCGGCCUUCCGCCACCACCCGCAGCUGGCGCCCCUCAUCCGGGCCCAGGACGCCGACAUGCUCCGCUACGUCUCCAACCUCGAGGUGAAGGAGCUGCGGCCCCCGAGGGCGGGCUGCAAGUUCAAGUUCUUCUUCCGACGCAACCCCUACUUCCGCAACCGGCUGCUGGUGAAGGAGUACGAGGUCCGCGCCUCGGGCCGCGUCGUGUCGCUCUCCACGCCCAUCGUCUGGCGCCGCGGCCGCGAGCCCCAGUCCUUCAUCCGCAGGGACCAAGACCCCGUGUGCAGCUUCUUCACUUGGUUCUCCGACCACAGCCAGCCCGAGUCUGACCAGAUCGCCGAGGUCAUCAAGGAGGACCUGUGGCCCAACCCGCUGCAGUACUACCUGUCUCGGGGUGGAGUUGGCCGAGCCCGGCGGCGCCCCAUCAGGGAGCCAGUGGAGAUCCCUCGGCCCUUUGGGUUCCAGUCUGGUUAA